AUGUUAAAGAAACCAGACAUGGGACUGAAGAGGCAAUUGUCACGUAGAGUCUCUGUUAUUUCUGGGACCCGCCCUUUCCGGGUACUGGGACGAUUUGCGGGCGUGGUCACAGUCGCGGCGAUCGGAUUUCUAUGUGGUCAUUUGAUAUAUCACCUUUUCGUCACGCCCAAUCACGUGGUUACAGAUUCUGGUGAGUUUGUCAAACGAGGCUCCAGUAAACGCGGGUUUCAUGACGGAAGGCAUGAAGACAUAUCAUUUAAAGGUGUACCGGAAGCGGAAGUGACUUCCUCUACACAAAAGGUGCCACAUGUAAAGACUAAUGUCCACAUGCCACCUCGGGAGAGGGACGGGGUAGAAAUAAAAAAGGACAUGAGUGUUCAAUUUCGUGACUAUAUUCCCAGAAAGGUGUUUGUGAAUUGUGGAGGAACAUUUCCUAUGACUUUGGACUUAUUCCUCAACACAUAUCCCGACGCCUACAAGUUCGACCUGUACACGUUUUUACCGGACGAGUCAUAUGCUCUCUUUUAUCAGAUAUACAAGAGACAUACUCUAUACACACCGACCAUAGUCUCUACACAAAACUUGUCCAUCGAAUCUACCAACAAUGGCUUUGCUAGCAUGGUCGAGCAAAGGGACACCAUGGACACCGUAGAUCUGCCCAGCUGGCUUCUUGCAAACCUUCACCAAGAUGAUUACGUCAUACUCAAGCUAGACAGCAAAUUCGAAAAGGACAUUGUGAAAAGUAUUGGUUUAAAAAACGCCAUUGAGUGGAUUGACAAAUUUUACACAACUUCAAUUGAUAACGCCACCAUUGCCGUUUAUCGCGAUGAACUUGGAAAAUUCAACAAAAAUGUGUCGAUUUGGGAUAAUGCAGCGCAGACCUAUUCCGACUUUGAUAUCGUCAAUUCGCCUGGUAUUCCACAGGGUCUAGGCGCCGUGAUGUCACAGUGUGUAGAACCUGCGGAUUCCGAAAAGUUUGGAUUGUUUCUUUUCUCAGAGUAUUUCACAAAAACUGUCAAUCAAACUCUUAACAUGUUGAUCAUGUACGCUGGUGAACGGAAGGUGGGCGUGUCCUUAUUUCUACCACGUGAUUUCUAUCGCUCAAUAUCUAGUCGAACAUUGCGAGAACUAUCCGAGAUUGUUACACUUGGACUGUUUAUUGGCAACGAAAAUCAGGCUCACACGGGAACAAACAGAAGUGAAGACAUCUCUGAAUUUAAUAGAUAUAGAAAUAUAUAUGCUGAAGCUGCUAGCCAAGUUCAACAUCAUACGGACUCUAUUCUUCAACACGUCAUGGUUUCAACGACGAUAGACCCGGGUAUUUGUCAAAAAAUUACCCAGUCUCGACACGUGACAGUUUUUAAUGAAACCAAACAUAUUACUCACCAUACACAAACUAUCUUACAUACUGGCAUUCUAACGAUGGAUAUGAUUGGACGAAAUCGUGGAGAAAUCCUCGCCGUUGAUUUGACGAGAGACAAUACAGAUAUAUUGACUCUCUACAUGACUAAACGAUUUGAACCAUGGUUAAUUCCAGCUUCUAAAUGUCAGUCUUUGACUAAUGCGAAUUAAAGCUAUAGCUGUAGUCUACACAGCGGUAUUGUUGGGUACUUGAACCAUUGUUGGCACCGUCUCCUAAAUGUCAAAACUAAACAUUUGUAUGUAACUCGGACAUUAUUCGAGGCACGGAAUAACAAGUCCAUGAGUUUCCAGUCUGUUUGAUGAUGCUCGCCGUUAACUAACCAGUUGUUUUAGCGGAAAAGCAUUUGACACUUUUUAAUUUUAACCUGCAUGCCAAUUUGAAUAGUUGUACUAGUUUAGAAUAUGUCUACUUUUUAUAUGCUUUUAAUUUUCAAUAAUAUAAUAAGCGUGCAUUGGUAAUUGGAAAAUCACUGUACAUAAACACAUCACGGUUAAAAAAAAUAAAAGAUUUUCUAUUAAUUUUACA